GAGUUUUUAUUUAAGUUUUGGACGUUUCAUAUUUCAACUUUCAAAUCGCUCAAGUGAAAGCCCGGGCCGCUACCGUGCCUAUUGGAGCACCGCCGAUGGCCAUGAAUAACUUCUCAUGUUUGUUUAAAAACAAACUAGUGCUGACAUGCUCUAUCAGCCAUUAAAAGGGCGAUAUUGAUCCUAUCAAUUUCUUGUAACCAAUUCUUAAUUUACUUCCUCAAUGCAUAACAACGAUAAAGCAAAUAACUUCGUUAUCGAUCAUUCCGGAUCGAACAGGAUCAGUCAUGAAAUUAGGAUUUGAGCUUUGUUCACGGGAUUAACUGUCUGCUUUAUAAAAUGUCUAAUCGUAACUUCUCGGGAGAGCCUCGCCCUGAAAAGAAGAAAGAAGGACGGACUACUGCGGAUUUUACGGGCUCUCAAGAAGAAAUUCUGUAUGAACAAAUUACAAAGUUAAUAAAAAAAGGCCAAAACGAAGAAAAUGCAAAGGAAGCCGUUAAUCGCUUCGGAGAAGCUUUGGCUAUUGCCAAGACGUUAAAUCAAGAUCACAUUACCAACACCUGUGAGUUUAACUUAGCAGCUGCUAAAAUAGCAUCCGAUGAAUCAGUUUCCGACUAUAUGAACUCCAUGAAAACAAACUUUGAUGAUAACUAUGAAAUGGAAUUUAAUCUUGGAGUAAUGAAAGAAAAGCAAGGGAACCUAGAGGACGCGCUUAUUUCUUAUGAAAGAGCUAAAACAAAAUGCGGCAAUGACAAAGCUAUGGAAAAAGACUGUUUGCAGCGUAAACUGAAAAUACUUAAAAGGAGGAAUAAAUAUGCAGAAGCAAAGACAACUGGAGAACAAUUGGAAAAGCUGUAUGAAGGAAAAGAUUCAAUGACUGAAUGCGAGUUAUUAGAUAUUGAUCGUCACAUGGUCGACCUCACCUUGGACCAGAAACAGCUAAUAGAUCAAGUAAAACCCUUGUGUAAAAGGUGUGAGGAAUUACCUUCUUGCAAAAACCAGCUAGUUAUGGAGUUUCAGGCCAAAGUUUUAAAUGAUGUUGGAAUGCUUGCCGCUGAAACAAAGGAACUCACGACUGAAGCCAUUGCACUUUUUAAAAAGGCUUCAGGCAUGUCAAAUUCCUGCAGAACUUUGCUAAAUGCAGAAAUAAAGCAAAACGCUGGGGCGAUGAAAACGAUCUUGGGAUCUGAACAAAUAAAUAAGUCAGAAAAGGAGUUUCAAGGUUCCAUAGCGUUGACCGAAGAAGCAAGAAAGCUUUAUUCGAAAGUGCGGUUCCGGAAUAGUGAAGGACAAUGCUAUAUGAAUGUUGCAUUUGCACAAAGUUGUCUUUACGAAAUUUUUAUUUCAAAGGACAAAGGAAAUGAUGCAAAAAAUGCACUAAAAGAAACCAAGCUUGCAUACCAGCAUGCCUUACAAGCAGCGGAGGACACCGGUGACAUUAAAAUGAAGAUGCAAGCCCAUGAAGGACUAGCUGCGGUGUGUUAUCGAAAAGAAGAUUUUGAAGGAUGUAAGAAAUGUCUUGAGAUGGCUAAGGUCUCUGCCACGUUUUCCAGCGACAAGGCGAGGCUUGCCGAAAAACUUGAGCACCUCGAGAGAACGAAGAAAUAAGAAGAAACUAGCCAAGAUUAAUCGCAUAUAAAGCUUUACUGCAUACUAACUUAUAUAAACGUAAACGAAUGUGCGUGAAGUUAGCAGCACAGCAGCAUAGCAGCAAGCUACUAGCAGCAACAGCAGAUAGCUGCUAUGCUGCUGGCAGCUAGCAUAUAUGUAAUGUUCAGUAGAUUUGAAGACCAUUUGGUGAAAUUGCAGCUAACGCGAUGUCAUCAGCUAACGUAGUGUUACUUGUAAUUACGUUUAUAACAUUUAAGCCUUGUCCACUUCGCUCAAGUAAAUCUAAGAGUCCAUUUAUGAAAAGAUUAAAUAUCCAAUAAUUGAAAUGAAUGAAAUAAUUCCCCCUUGGCGUAUCCCUUGCAAAACUUGAAAGAACUCGGAGGUUAAACCGUUUGCAAUGAUACAACUAUACAUAUUACUGUGCGCGUUAACUAUAAGGGACCAAAUUUUUCCUUGAAUUCCAAGUCCUGCAAUCUUGUAAAAUAUUGCAUCUGACCAUACAGUGUCAAAGGCCAUUUUUGUGUCGAGCAUAGCGACGUAUACUUUGUUGUGGAGCUCAAUAUUGUGAUAGAUAGAUUCUUGUAAAUUAAAAGACGCUGUUAUUGC